GUCGAGCCCUCGGCCUUCGCCUCUGGCGCAAUGGUCAGCUCAAUGCUUAAAGAGAUGGAAGAGCUGUUUGCCGCAAGGUUUGAGCGUGGUGACAGGAAGAAAGCCAUCACUCAUCUCCGUGUUGGUGCGACCCAAAAAUCCCAUCAUUUCAGCGCGUUUCGCACGGGUGUGUGGCUUGGGUUAUCUAUACCAGCGACGGUUGCCGGUUUGGUGACAUGUAUGCAAUGUUUUCCUACUGAUGACCGCAGUAAAUCUUACGUCACUUGUAGGUCUGCAUGA